AUGGCCAAUCCUGAUCCCGCAGAACAAAAUGCUCUCGUUCAGCAGUUCAGUCAAAUCACGGGAACCGCUCCCCGACAGGCUCAGCAAUUUAUGUCUGCUAGCGACUGGGACUUGGAAACUGCGGUCGCUAAUUACUACGCUGCUCAAGAAGACCACGCCGAAGACAAUCAAGACGAUUCAGACUAUGUCGACGAAGAUUAUCCGGAAUCAUCGAAUCCAGCUCAAGCGCAGCCCGCCCGCUCUGCUCAUGGCGCCGGUCGAAGACUAGGAGAUGUUCCCUCGGAUUCCCAGCUAGCCCCUUCGGUUCCUACAUCAAGCUCGAGUUCGUCCCGACCCAGAAAUCACCCUAGCACACAGAAAAAGUUUGCCACCCUGGGUGACGUCUCUGCGGGUAAUGGGAAUGGCGACGACUCGGAAGACGAUGAUAAACAAGAUCUUUUCGCUGGUGGGGAGAAGUCAGGGUUGGCAGUGCAAAACCCCGACGACCUGAGGAAGAGAAUCCUGGAGAAAGCUCAAAAGCGAGGUCCUGUUCCCAAGGAUGAUGCGCCGAAAAAAUCACACUUCACUGGUUCGGCUCGCACCCUUGGGGGCGACGACGCACCCUCACGCGAGAUACCUGCUGCACCUCAACCGCGUGGCAGGACCGAGCGAGUUGAGCGUGUGUUGCACUUCUGGCAGGACGGCUUCAGCAUCGAUGACGGAGACUUGUUCAGAUUUGACGAUCCUAGGAACGCUGAGAUCCUGAACUCGAUUCGACAAGGACGCGCGCCACUCAAUAUCAUGAAUGUGCAGCCUGGUCAGGAAGUUGACGUGGAGAUCAAACAACACGAGGAGAAAUAUGUUAAGCCCAAGCAGAAGUACAAGCCCUUUGGAGGAUCUGGUCAGCGGCUAGGCAGCCCCACUCCUGGUGUGCCUUCAAUGCCUGGAGCCUUCACGUCGGAGACUCCAGCGCCAGUGCCUGCGUCGACUGCGGCAGCUACACCUACGACCGAGGUCGACGAAUCGAAGCCGACAGUCACAUUGAGAAUCAGCUUGGGCUCCGGUACGCGACUGACAUCCCGCUUCAACACGGAUCAGACUAUUGGGGACGUCUACGACUUCGUUGGACGAGCCGAGCCCGGCGGCCGAGAGUUCGUGUUGCAAACCACCUUCCCGACCACCGAUCUUACGGACAAGACGAAAGUGCUCGGCGAGAUGGCAGAUUUCAAGCGCGGAGGUGCUGUUGUCCAGCGAUAUAUCUGA